AUGGACAAGCUGUCAGAUGCAGAGCAGCCGAGACUGCGACCAAUUGUGCCAGCUCUCCGGGGACUUAGCUCAUUGCAGAGAAGCCACACCUCUUCUCCCAGUGGCCGAGGGCUUGUCUCAGCACCUUCGCGGCUGCGCCGAGCGGCGAGCUUGCCCUUCUUGCCGUCAAUCCAGUCUGUGCGUCGGUCGAUGGCUGGUCUCCUUUCAUCCCGACGCGCUUCGCGAUCGGGCCAGGGUGCGGACCUACGCGAGGCUCGUGGGCCGGGUGGCGAGCUCCCGGAAUUAGGGGUCCGCGUGGUCCGGCAGACAGGAGGAUCUGUCAAAGCUCCACGCCUGGAGGAUGCAGCUGCGGAGGAGGAGCUCUGUCUGAGCCGCCUGCCGCGCCAGCAGGAGCUGGAAUAUGUGGCAGACGCUCUCGUUCGAGAAGUGUAUCAAGAGCCACUAUCUCGCGAAUUGCGGCGAGAUGUCCAAGCAGCUUGCCCCGAGGUCGAUUGGCUGGCGGAGUGCAUCCUUCAGUGCCCGUUGCCAGCCAAGUGGCGGAAGGUUUGGAGGCCAUGCAAGAACGCAUGCCUGCGCGAGCCAGUCUAUGUCGGACCAGAAGGUAUCUUCUCCGACGCUCCUCCUCAGUUGUCGCACUUCGUGAGCUUGGCUUGGUGCGUCAUCUGGGCACGCUUGCGGCCAACUUGCGCAAAGCAGAUGGCCAAGCAAUUAGGUGACAAGAACAGGGACCUGGGAAGGAAGGUGAGGAGCCUGCGGGAAUGCUGGACAGGCCCGCUCCUGGACCCUGCAUCUCACGAAGAGUUCUUCUACUGCGGCGCCACCGGCAUCCGUGUGUCUCAAAAUCCUUGCCAGGAAUUAAACUUUGUGCUCCGGUGUGCGGAGCAGCUGCAGUCUAGUGGCGCCUUCCCGAUCAUGCCUUGUGGCGUGGCAGAGGAGAGCACUCGACGGGACAUUGCCGAGAGUCAGGCAGAAGUCUCGAAGCCGCGCGGGUCUCGAGGACCGGUGUGCGAGGAAGCCACACGCCCGGUGCAACAGUUAAGGAGCCGAAGCACCGGCGCCGACUGCAAGUCUGUGUCAAUUGACGUCGAUGCCGUUCGAGGAUGUGCUGCCAAGUGUCUACAAAAGCCACAGGAGGCCGUGGGCGCUGGCCGGGCUCUUCCCCUUCGAUUUUGCCCACCGACAAGGCAGUUCCAGGUCGCGAGACAGCAGGCGGAGCGCUUGGAUCAGCUGUGCUCCGACCUUGCCGGUGCACAGGCAAAGGCAGCCCUGCUGAUGGGAAGACGUGCUGCAGUUCUCCCACCUGCACUUCCCCAACGGUAG